CCGCACAGGAGUAGCAGCUAGCUGUUCUGAUCUUAAGAACCAUGCCGCCCACCAAGUUGGCGGCCGACGACUACUCUUCGUCCGGCCUCCCCAUAAAACCCAUCCCAGGGAGCUACGGCCUCCCCUUCUUCUCCCCCAUCCGAGACCGCCUCGACUUCUACUACUUCCAGGGCCAUGACGCCUUCUUCAAGUCCCGCGUUUCCAAGUACCAGUCCACCGUCUUCCGGGUCAACGUGCCCCCGGCCUUUUCCAUGGCCUCCGACCCCCGCGUCAUCGCCGUCCUCGACGCCAAGAGCUUCCCCGUCCUCUUCGAUCUUUCCGUCGUCGACAAGACCGACGUCCUCACCGGCACCUACAUCCCCUCCGCCGCUCUCACCGGCGGCUUCCGACCCCUAGCCUACCUUGACCCUGCCGACCCCCGCCACGCCGCCCUUAAGCAGCUCCUAUUCGACCUCCUCGCCGCCCGCGGGCCCCGCCUCAUCCCCUCCUUCCGCGCAGCCUACUCCGCCCUCCUCGACUCCCUCGAGGCCGCCCUUGCCAACUCCGGCCCUGCCGACUUCAAUACUCUCAACGAAGCCACCGCCCUAAACUUUGUCUGCGAAUUCCUCUUCGGCGGCGCCGCCCCCUCCACCACCGCUCACAAGAAGGCCAUCAAGUGGCUCUUUUUCCAGCUCCAUCCCCUCGUCACCCUCGGCCUCCCCAAGCUCCUCGAGGAGCUCUUCUUCCACACCUUCCACCUCCCCCCUUUCCUUGUCCGCUCCGACUACAAGGCCCUUGCCAGCUACUUCGCCGAGGCCGCGAAGCCGGUACUCGAUGAUGCCGAGAAGACGAGGGGGCUCUCGAGGGAGGAAACGUUGCACAACCUCGUCUUCGUCGCCGUCUUCAACGCCUACGGGGGCAUCAAGCUCUCCUUCCCCCGUAUCCUCAGACGGCUGGCCGAGUCUGGGCCGGAGCUGCAUGCCCGGCUCGCCCGGGAGAUCCGGUCCGUCGUCCGGUCCGAGGGCGGUGCAGUCACCGUCGCCGGUCUAGAGCGCAUGGAGCUGACCAAGUCCGUGGUGUGGGAGCUCCUGCGACUGGACCCGCCCGUGGAGUACCAGUACGCGAGAGCGAAGAAAGAUCUGGUGAUCGAGAGCCACGAGGCGGCGUUCAGAGUGAAGAAGGGGGAGAUGAUAUUUGGGUACCAGCCGGUGGCGACGAGGGACGAGAGGGUGUUCCGGAAGGGAGGGGAGUUCGUGGCGGACCGGUUCGUGGGGGAGGAGGGGAAGAAGCUACUGAAGUACGUGUACUGGUCGAACGGGAGGGAGACGGAGGAGGCGGAAGUGGGGAACAAGCAGUGCCCCGGGAAGGACGUCGUGGUCAUGAUGUGCCGGCUCCUUGUGGUGGAGUUCUUCCUCCGUUAUGACUCGUUCACCGCGGAGGUCGGGAUGCUGCCCCUCGAGCCCAAGGUCACCGUGACCUCGAUCACCAAGGCCUCAUCCCUCGACCAGUCGUCCUGAAGGCUGCCCUUAAAAUAAAAUAAAUAAAAGCUGCCCUUAAUCCAGCUAUUAGACGAAUCAUAGCGAUUUCAAUUUACUUAUUUAUUCAAUAAUCUUGUCAGCUUUCUGUUU